CAUGUUUCAAGACAUACUAAUGACCACCACUUCCAGUUGCGCAAGGUGUUCAUCCCUCAGACGGACAUGCUAGUACAUGAGCUUCAUGCACUCCGGAAGGAAGUUAAAGAGCUGGAUGCACACAACACAUCCCUGACAUCCGAAUUGAAACGCUCCAAACAACUUCGAAGUGCCGCCGAGGAAAAGGCAGACUUAGCCACGAGAAAAGGCAGUUAUGCAAAGAAAGCUAAUGCAUUCCUCGGUAUUCUUACCAACAUAGCCACUCUUGCUGGCAUUAUGUUCGCGUUGUUUGUUGAUUCCAUCCGUUUUGUCGUCGCAAUUCUGUGUCUCAUUUCGAGGUUCAUCUGGCGUAUAUCGACUCACCCUGGGGAGUGUUUUCGGGAGUGGGGACGCUGUGUAUGGGUUGUGAUUAGGGUGAUCAUUACGGUACUGCUACUGUCUUUCAUCUCGUAGGUGUUCAUAUCUCAUCGUGAUCAUCAGCUUAUAUAAAUUCGUUCCAGGACUGUGGUUGCUUGGGCUGUGGGCUUUGCGAGUGACAAGAUCUUCUACUUCUUUGUAGAGCAUGGGUAUCCUCAGCUAUGUGAACUCUCAAAGUGGGUAUGGGAAGAGAUUUCGACACGCUUCGUCGACA